UCUCUACCGGAGCGGUAGGUACUGUGGAAGCAGCCCUAAUGGCGGAGAACGUACGGUCGCCUUUUGACUACCGGGAGCCCCCGACCCUCGACAGCGACGGAGAUGGCAGCAAGCCGCCGCCGCCUCGGGGGCGGGUAUGUGGCAGGAAGAGGAAGGGUACCCCGGUGAAAGUGUGUGACCGAGCGUACGUCACGGAGGACGAAGAGGAAAGCAUGUCGGAACACAGUUACAGCCCAGGUGAUGGACAGUAUCCAGAAGGGGCAGAAGAUCGGUUGCCCCCACCUGGAAGCCCAUACUACCUCGCUGACCCCUCACAGUUAUGUGUGCCGGAACUGGGAGAGGAGGGGGCUAGCGGGGUGAGGGGGCCAGUGCUCUUCCACCCCCCACCCAACUGCAGAAUCAGAGAGGUGCAUUGUGGGAGCCAAGUGCGACUGGUUGUCAUAGCAAUUCGAGACAUAGCCAAAGGCGAGGAGAUCACAGUUGACUACAGUUUAACCGACUGGGGAGACAACACAAUGAGUUUCCAUAGUUCGGUGUCUCCAAGAGGAUUUGAAUGCAGCUUCAACCCUGAAAACAAUAUCAAGAAGGAGGAAGAGUCUGGUCCACUACCACUCUCUCUGACUGUCUCAGACUACCUCACCCCGUCGUGGUCGCUCUCGCCCUCCUCUUCCCCGCUGUCUCACUCUGAGGCCAGUGACUCAGACCGUGAAGACGAAGAGGAGGAGGAAGAGGAGGACGAAGAUGAAGACGAGGAAGAAGAGGAAGACCUAGAGGAGUUGCGGGGCCGCAUGAUGCGCCGGCGCAAGAAGCGCAAGACCUCUGCUUCCACUGCGACCACUGCUGCCGCACCCGCCGCCACUGCGUCGUCCUCAUCGUCCUCGGCGACCAAAAAGAAGGCGUCUGCCGGCCGGCCGCCUGCAGCUCACCGUGGCCCCUCCCUCUCCUUCUCUCGGUCCGCGUCCAGCUCUGCGUCACCCUCCACGGCCACCACGGCCUUCCAGGCCCCCCUGGCGCCACCGCCCACCACCAACAUCAACAACAACAUAAACAUUAACAUUGGGCACCGUGGCAGCCUCGCUAGUGCCCCCCGCAGGCAGCAUUGCGCCUACUGCGGCCGCCACUUCCGCUCGCUGGCGCGGCACCUGGAGAAGUACCACGCCCAGCAGCCCGAGGUGCGUGCCGCCAUGGAGCUGGCUCACAUGCGUGCCCACAGCGCGGCUGCUGCCGCCGGCGGACCGCACGCUUCCUCCUCCUCCACUUCCUCCGCCGCCCAGUCCUCUGCUUCCGCCACUCACUCCACUUUCUCCUCCCCGCAGCCCUCGUCCUCCUCGGCCGCCACUGCUCCGACCUCCUUGUUCUCCCGGGAGAACGCUCAAGGUCCUGGGGCAGUGUCAUUCUCCCUGUCGCUGUCCCAGCCCUCCAGGAAGACCCCGACGGCGGCACUGUCCCAGAGCCGCAAGAACACGGCCACCAUGUCAGCACUCAACACGCAGCCCGGCAAGAGCCCACCUGUACCUGCCGCCACCGCUGCUGCAGCUACACGGCCUCCAGCCAAGAGAGGGCGCCGGCCAAAGAAGGAAAAGGAGGAGCAGCUGAAGCAGGAGGAGCUGGAGCGGGCCAAAGAGGAAGCGCCACCCACGCCCGGCCGGGAGGAGGAAGAGGAGGAGGAGGAUGAGGAAGAGGUCGAGGAGGAGGAGGAAGAUGAAGAGGAAGAGGAGGGAGAGGCCGAACUCAGCGAUGGGCAGGAAGAUGAGAGCAUGGAGGAGAAGAAUGGAGAGAUGGCAAGGCCUCACCGGACCCACAUGCCCCCCCUGCUGUCGUCCCUGUCAUGCCUGGUGCUGUACCUGCGUCGGCAGCAGCACUCGGCCUUCCUGUCUCUGUCGCGCUCUCCCGGCUCUGCCGAGGCCUGGCGCCUGCUGUGCCACUCCAGCCUGGCGCUGCUCAUCCUCUACAACCGCCACCGCGAGUGCGAGGUGGCCAAGCUCACCAUUCAGGAGUACCGCAACCGCUUCACGCCGCCGCCACCCCCCAUGGCCUCCUCGUCCGCCGCAAGCUCGGCCUCGGGCGCCACCACCAACGGCGCCGCCAGCAGCAACGGCACCGGCAGCACGUCCUCCGGCUCCGGCCCAGCGGCGGCCCACCCACUGGAGGUGGCGCUGUCGCCGUUUGAGCGGCACGUGCUGUGCCACCUGCCACGGGCGGGCGUGGUGGGCAAGCGGGGCCGCAUGCAGCCGCUCAUCCUGCCGCCGCACUCCGAGGCCUGUCUGGAGCUGCUGCUCAGCACCUGCGCACAGGUGGGCGUCGACCCGCAGAGCCCCUACGUGUUCUCGCGCCCGUACCACUCACCAGCCACGCCACUGCGCGGCACCGAUCUGCUGCGGGGCCUUGCCCGCUCCAGCGGUGCCAAGAACCCGGCCGCCCUGACCGCGCCACGCGCACGCCGACAGGUGGCGAUCCUGACCCAGCUGCUGUUGCUGGAGGAAGGCGAGAGGAAGCGGCUGGAGGACUUCCUGCAGCGUGAGUACCAUGUGACUCAGAGCUGCGCUCGGAUUGGCCAGGACCCGGGGUUGAUGGGCCGCGUGGGUCGCGUGGUGCUGUACGGGGAGAGAGACGGAGUCCUCUUCAGGGGGAUGAGUCUCCAACAGAUCUGCCUGGAACUCGAUGUGAUGUCUGGGAAUUCUGCCGACUCUUUCUCGGACGACUCGGACGUGGAGGCGGAGAAGGGCAAAGAUCGGGUGGAGGUGGGGAAGAAGGGAGCAGCGGGGAAUGGCGGCGCCAAGAAGAAGGGGGGCAAGGCGCACCCUUCCGCUGUGGUCACGCCCGCGGGGCACAAGAGGAGGGGCGCUCAGCCCAAAUCAGGCAAGCGCGGCGUGCUAAAGCGGCCGUGGUCAGAAGCGGAACGCGUGGCCGUGGAGACGCACCUGAAGCGCAACAUCAUGGAGCUGCGGGUGCCGGCGAAGGCGGACUGCGAGCGCUGCCUGCAGCUCUGCCCCUUGCUGGUGACCAACCAGCGCGACUGGCGCGCCAUCAAGUUCUACUGCCACAACCGCAUCCAGCUUCUCAAAAAGCAGGGCCGCCGCGAGGCCAAUGGAGCCGCCAUCUGCUAGCGUGCUGUGACCGGGGCUCUCGCAUACACACACACACACACACACACACCCAUUGUGUAUGUGUGUCCAUUCUUACACAUUCACAUGUGAUGUUACAUGCAUAAAUACAACACACAGAUCCGCACACACACACAGUACCAUACUGCAUUCAUGCAAACAUGUUGUACACAUACUCGGUUACAAAGAAGAUAUAAAUAAUAUAUAGAUGUACAUUCGUUCUCUUACACAAACACACAUACAAAUCCAAACAAGCAUGUAUGUAUGCAUGUUUGUGUACCCACCUACACGCACACAUACAUACAUACAUACAUACAUGUAUACAUACUCAAAGACUAUGGCCCUUGCUCCGUUACCUGUCUUCUAGUGUUUUCCACAUGGAUAUAUUGAUAUUGGGCAUGACCUAGUGUCACAGGAGGGAACCGCAUAGUCAGGCAUAUUUAAUGUCUACACACUCACACACACACACUGUACACACCCAUAUACACACACUGUACACACCCAUAUAUGUAUAUAUAUAUAUAUAUAUAUAUAUAUACCAAGUCAUAUCCACACAGAGACUUCUGACACACCAACACACACUCCCACUCACGGAGUGUGAGGGUCCAUGAACUUACGUGUACAGAGACAUUCCUCUAAGUGUGAACAGACUUUCUAGGAGAAGAGAUUUGGGAGAUCACACAGGUUCCCAUUGGCGGGUGGACUCUUGAUAAGUCCCAUGUUCGCUCACCCUCAAAGCAUGGGGACACUACUGGGACAUGUUGGAUGUCGACGAAAACAAUAGGGAUGGAUGACCAGAUAUUGUUUUUUUUUUUUUUUUUGCUGUUUUUUUUUUUUUUUAUAAUUAUUAUUGAUGUUAUUGAUAUCCUUUUUUUUUUUUAAAAAAGAAACUGAAAACAAGUUCUUUCUUUAUGAACAGCAUUGUCUGUCCUGUGACGUAGUGCCUGUAGGAGUGUGCGCUAAACUGAAUCGUUCCCCAGCGAGUUUGUGGACUGUAUCUAGCAGUAUUUAAAAAAUGUUUUGGGAUCGUUCCUGUAAACGAGGCCCCUCGGCUCUUUCACCCGUUCCUUCUGGGCCUCUGCCUGUCCGUACACUAUGGUCUGUUAGAAAGAGGCAAGGCACGCAUACUUGAAUUCAUUUCAUGCAUCUAUCCUACUUUUUUCUGGUUAUGACGCUGCAGCAUCAGACAGUCUUGUUUAGUCAUAGUGUACAUUUAAUAUCUUACUGGCAGAUAAAAAGUUAGACAUAGUAGUCGUACAGGUGUCUCUGUUGUGCUAUGUUGUACAUACUGUAAAUAUGGACUUAUAAAAAGUACUACGUUUUGAAGACUUUGUUUAAUUAUAUGGCAUCACACAGUUCUAUCUGGUUUUACACAGUGCUGUUGAAAGACACAUUUGAGACAUUAUCAUUCUGAUUUUAUUUGUCUUUUCUGGUUAUGGACAAUACAAAUCCACGAUUAUGAACGUGUCGUCUUACAUAGUUUUGUCUUCAGAAGAAAGGUCAUACAUCACUUUGCACAUCACUUUAAUACACACAGGUUGUAUACAGAAAUGUCCAAAAAUACAGAAAAUGCUUCAAA